ACUCAUGCUGUGCACUUUGGUUUUUGUUCCUUCUGAGUCGGUUUGGCAAAUUCAGUACUCCUUGAGAAACAUGUGGAAGCUCGUCGUAUUGGCCCUUGUGGCCGUGGCUUCGGCCACCAAGAUGGAGAAGGAGAUGAUCGCGGAUGAGGACAUUGUCGAGUAUGUCAAUGAGGUGGCGAAGACUACGUGGAAGGCUGGAGUCAACAAGCGAUUCGAGCACAUGCCCGAGGAGGUCAUCAAGGCAACCAUGGGAGCUUUCCUUGACCAAUCCAAGAGCCCACUGGAGACCAAGACCUUCGAGAGUGUUGGUGACCUGCCCACCGAAUUCGAUGCCCGCACCAAGUGGCCAAGCUGCCCGUCCAUCGGUGACAUCCGCGACCAAGGUGCCUGUGGAAGCUGCUGGGCUUUCGGUGCCGUUGAGUCGAUCAGCGACCGUCUCUGCAUCCACAACCAAGUCAAGGUCAACAUCUCUGCUGAGGACCUGAUGGCAUGCUGCCACACUUGUGGAAAUGGAUGCAACGGUGGUUUCCCCUAUGAGGCUAUGAUCUACUACACCAGGGAGGGUCUUGUAACCGGUGGCCAGUACAACUCGCGCAGCGGCUGCCAGCCCUACCUCAUCAAGUCAUGCGAUCAUCACAUUGUCGGCAAGAAGGAGCCAUGCGGCGCCCUGGAGAAGACCCCGUCCUGCAAGAAGACCUGCGAGGAGGGAUACGUCAAGUCUUUCAAGGAUGACACCCACCGUGGCCAGCACGCUUAUCACGUCCGUGAAGUCACAGACAUCAUGCAAGACAUCAUGACCAACGGCCCCGUCGAGGCUGCCUUCACCGUCUACAAGGACUUCCUGCAGUACAAGACCGGUGUGUACCAGCAUACCACUGGCACUGCCCUUGGUGGCCAUGCCGUGCGCAUUCUGGGAUGGGGCGUCGAGGACGGCACCGAGUACUGGCUGGUUGCCAACUCGUGGAACUCCGACUGGGGUGCAGAGGGUUUCUUCAAGAUCCGACGUGGACACGAUGAGUGCGGUAUUGAGAGCGGCAUUGUCGCCUCCAUGCCCCCAUCGGCCUAAAUAACAGCACCGUGCUAUCUCGCGUCUUCCUGCUCAUCCUUGCGCGCUCUGCGCGUCGUGCUCUGCGCGUCUUUCCCUCUACUGCCUAGCCAGAGUGCCGUCCUUGGCACAUGGUGUUGGGUUCUGUUCUCUCCGCUAUUUCGUUUAUUUGUUGACACUUUUUUAUGAAGACAAAGCAGCAUGUAAUUAUUGUGUGCGUAGUAUUUCUUCUAUUCCCAAGAUGAAAUAUUAUGAAAACUUGA